ACUGGAUGUCAACAAUUUGUAGGAGAGCUUAGUUUUUUGUUGAAAGAAAAUUUUGUAAUUCAAUGAAUAAAUAAAUCAAAAUUGCAAUGCAUUAUUAAUACUUCAGUAUUUUAUUAUAGUGAGUGUAGUGGUUCUCGUAUCAGAGAUGUGGGUCCCCUUGAAAACUCCUAAAUUAGGAGUCGGUGUUUAUAACUGGAAGGGAGAUGUCCGCUCAGGCUUGCCACUUGAGAUUGGAGAAACGGUCCAAAUAUUAGAAGAAAAUGGAGGUUGGUAUCGUGGCUUCAGUGUUAAGAACAGGUCUGCCUGGGGCAUAUUCCCUGCCUGUGUUAUAUCCAUCCGACCAUGCACUGUCAAGGGGACAGGCCCCAAUGCGAUUGCAGAACUCAAAGAUGAUCCCUUGGUCCGAGAAAUAGCAAGUGUUUUGAGAGAAUGGGCGCGAUUGUGGAAGAAGCUUUAUGUGGAGCGAGAGACGUACCGGUUCAGUGCUGUAGCCAAAGUGAUGAGAGAGUUGCUGAGUGGGCGUCGCGCUCUUUUAGCUGGCACUCUGACGCAGGACCAGACGAGAGCACUGAGGCUAAAGCUGGUUGCGAAGCUAGACUGGGGCAACAGAAAACUCGGUCUUGAGCUGGUGCCACGCCGAGGAGCAGCUGCCGUGGAGCCUGAGGACAUCAGUUUAGUGGAACUAUACAGGGUGCACGUUGAAAGUGCAGAGCGCGCGGCAGCAUGGCGUGGCACCCUCCGAAGAGCUGGCGGUUCUGGCAGCAGCUUCAACUCCGGUACCCUCACAAAUGGCACCACCAUCCCCACCACAGCGGCCCAAUCCCACCAUCUAAUGUGCAGCAUGAGAGACUUCGGACACACGGCCAGCGGGGACGAAGCUGAAUUACUCUUAUGGCUCCACGACGCGAGAAGAGCUCAACCCCUAUCAGAGAGAUUUAGAGUCAGGAUAGCGAGAGAUGGGUUCUCCAACUACGUAGAUAGACUCCACGCAAACAGUACGCUGUUCGCUGAUCUCUCAACGACAGAUUUGUCCCGGGAACUAUGGCUGGUGGCGUGGGUGGUUCGCGUGGGGAGAUGGGCAGGCGCAGGGAGCAGUGGGAGUGGGACAGGGGAGAGACGAGGACCCGUGGCCAGGAGACCUCUAGGCGCAGGGGUACUGUCCCUGGCAGAGUUCUUGAGGCAGCCGGGACAGCAUCCUAGCGAAAAGGAGUAUACUUUUAAGGUUUAUCAAUGUGAGGAAAAAGACUUUCAUCAGCUACAUGACAUGCUGAUACGGAAACAAACAAACAAGUGCAAUAUUUUACCUGGACAACCAAAUUACGGUAUAGUGGUAGCUCUUCGCCUACUAACCCACACUGGGAGCAUAUCAGAGGCGGUGUCCUCAGGGGCUACCAUCACAGCCAAAAGAGGAUUCCCCGACGUGAUAAUGCCUGGAGACGUCCGCAAUGACCUCUACUUGACCUUGGAGCGGGCAGAGUUUGAAAGGGGUGGGAAGAGCACUGCCAAGAAUGUGUUGGCCACUGUCAGUGUGCAUGAUAAUACGGGUCAAGUUAUAAGUGAGUGCGUAUGGGGCGCUAGCGGCAACGGCAGUACAUCAUAUGAGUCGCUAGUGCUGUACCACAACAACAGCCCAUCGUGGGGCGAGCAGUUACGUCUUACUGUACCGCUAGAGACGUUCACUCACGCGCACGUGCGGAUUGAAUUCAGGCAUUGUUCAACUCGCGACAAGAAUGAGAGGAAGCUAUUCGGCUUCUCGUUCGCUCGGCUCAUGGAAGCGAGCGGCGCUACGCUUAGGGACGGGGCUCACGAGCUGUAUGUCUACAAAUGUGAUGAUCCUACCAAAUUAUCUUCAGCCAGCUAUCUGUCGCUGCCUUCGUGCUCUACUGACACAAUACGCCUGCCGUCAUCCAACGGGGUGGUGGCGUCCUUCCAAAGAAGCUCCAAAGAAAACUGCACCAUAAACACGCUGCUAUGCUCUACCAAAUUGACUCAAAAUGAGGACUUACUCGCUCUACUACAAUGGCGAGCGCACCCCGAGAAAGUACAAGAGACGUUAUUGCGAGUGCUGCGGUUAGGAGACGGGUUAAGUUGCGAAGAGCUCAUAAAAUUCCUGCGGGAUGUCCUGGACGCACUAUUCGCUUUGUUCUCUACUGAGGAUGGGAACAGCACGCCACAUUCUGGCACUGUGUUCCUAGUAUUGGUGUCGAUAUGCAGCCUCUUAGACGAGAGCCGAUUCCAGCACUUCCGUCCUGUAUUGGACGUUUACAUCGAAGAACAUUUCUCUGCUGCUCUCGUCUACAAAGGCCUACUGUCGUCAGUGCAACAUUGCGCAGAGUGGGCGGCAGGUGCCGAGGGUCAAGAACCCAUCCGCAAGUGUCUGCGGUCGCUCGGCGCUGUGUUCCGGCUCGCCGUGCGCUCGCGGCGAUUGUUCGCGCGAGCUACCGGCGGCCAGUACGAGGACAGCUUCAGAAGAGACGUCAGAGCUGCACUACACGCGCUAAAGGCGCUUGCGCAGCAUCCUCAUAGAGAACAUUUAGCUCCGGCGCAGGUGGCGCUUAUGACGUCCUGGGCUAGCGUAGCCAAAGAAGUGGCAUCAGCGCUAGGCCCAGUGGAAGCGGCGAGAGUGACCGCGUCAAUGUUGGACGCACCCGCUGCCAAUGCACCUCCGGCCUUAGCUAAGGCCAGGCUAACGGCGGCUCAAGAGAUACUCAAGGGACCUUUAGGACAAGACCCAGAGGCUCGCAACAUAGUGCUAACAACAGCGUGCCACCAUUUACGAGUACACUUAGCAAGGCGCGACGAACUAGCUCAAUGCGCCGAUAUGCUCGGCGAGCUAGUGACCUUACUGUGGAAGAAGGAAGACCCGGACCAACCGGUGGAUGAAGACGAGCUAGAUCCGGACGUGGAUGUUCUGUGUUUGAACACACUUGACGUGUUGGUGGAGACUGUGCUCCAUCUUAUUGGCGGGAAUUCACCGGUUUUGGGUUCAAUGGUGGCUGGUCUGCUAGGCGCCAUGGAGUUACUGCGACCGGCGCACUAUCAGCGAUUGUGGAGCCACCUAGCGCCGCAUCCGCACGACAGAAAACCACUGAAAGACUUCCUCAUGAGAGCUUUCUUGGUGUUUAGACAUCUCAUAGAACAAGACGUGUUCCCAGCUGAUUGGAUGGUGCUACGCGUGCAGAGUUGCAAAGUGCUGCUAUCAGCAUUGCAGGACUUGGCGAAACCGCUACUAGAGAGAUUUUUAGGAGAAGAACCUCCUCAAUUUGAUUCCCAGCUGUGGUCUGGCUAUAUGGAGCUGGGCGUGGCUUUGGUGACGUCAGGCGCUUUGCAGCCAGAGCGCUGGGCGGGGCGUGGGCCUGACAGACCGCGGGUGCGCGCCGCAGCCGGCCUUCAGGUGUUAUCUGUGUGGAGCCGCCUAGGCCCAGCUCAGCUACAUCUAGUCCCAGGCGCAGUAGGAGCAUUACUAGAGAUCACUUUAGUCGGCGAGCUGCGUAGAGCAGCCUUGGGUGCUCUAGUAGCGUUAAUGGCUGCCGAGCGAGCGGCCACCGGCUCUGCUAGGAGAACUGAAGCGGCCCUCGUCGAUAAGCUGGACUCGCUGGUGGCUGAUAACAAGGCCGACGACCACUAUAGACGGCUGUUUGACACUGUGUUGAUGGAGCGAGUUUCGACUGAGGGUUGGCGUGAGGCAGGGGCGGCUUUCGUGGGAUGUGUCACGCGGUUGCUAGAAAGAUUGCUAGACUACCGCGCCGUCAUGCAAGGCGCCGAGCAUAGGGACAAAAGGAUGGCUGCCACUGUCAAUUUGCUGAACUUCUACAAAAAUGAAAUCGAUCGUAAAGAGAUGUACUUACGAUACGUUUACAAACUACACGACCUCCACAUUGCGUCGGACAACUUCAUUGAAGCUGGAUGUACACUUUUACUCUAUGCAGAGACCUUAAGCUGGGAUAGCGAUCAGAUAGGUGUGGACCCUGAAUACCCUGAAACGCCGGAAUGGAAACGCAAGGAAGCCCUGUACAAUCAAGUACUGCAAUAUUUCGACAGGGGAAAAUGUUGGGAAAAGGGUCUCCCCUUACUUCGCGAGCUAGCAACGCUGUACGAAGUGAAGCUUUGUGACUACGCGCGUUUGGCUCACUGCCUUCGCACUCACGCUACGUUCCUAGACUCUGUGCUGGAACAACUGAGGCCCGAGCCGGAGUACUUUAGAGUGGGCUUCUACGGGAAAGGCUGCCCGUUGUUUGUGAGGAAUAAACAGUUUGUAUACCGCGGCCAAGACUACGAGCGUAUCGGAGCGUUCACGCAGCGUCUGCAAGCGGAAUAUGUCUCUGCGCACAUUCUCAUGCGCAACACGCCACCAGACGAGUCCAUUAUCGCUUCUGAUACACAAUACAUCCAAAUCUGCAAUGUAAAGCCGGUAGCAAAAAGGCGCACAUGGCCUAACGGCGCGCCCGACCAGCUCAAGCGCUUCUACGGCACCAACGACGUCGACACCUUCCUGUGCGACCGGCCGCUCCACAAGCCGCCCAUAGACAAGGACAACGAGUUCAAGAGCCUCUGGAUUGAACGAACUACGUUAGUGACAGAAAAUACUCUGCCUGGCAUACUCCGUUGGUCAGAAGUUGUGUCGAGGUCCGUUGAAGAGAUUCCGCCAGUCGAAUUCGCAUGCGAGACAAUGGAAGCAACCGAGCGCGAACUACGCAGCCUAAUUUCCCAGUACACUGCAGACCCCACUCGCAACAUAAACCCGUUCUCCAUGCGGCUGCAAGGCACCAUCGAUGCGAAUGUCCAAGGAGGAAUCACCAAAUACGAGCAGGCUUUCCUUACUGGAGAGUUCAGUAGAAACGCCACGCCGAGAGAAGCCGCGGCCGCUGCUAAGCUAAGGCGGCUUGUGGCGUCUCAGUUGGCUGUGGUGGACGCCUGCCUGACAUUACAUGGUAGAUUAGCGCCGGAGGAAGUCAAACCACUUCAUAGGCGGUUGGUGGAAAGGUUCAACCAACUACGGCAAAACCUGGGGCCAGGUUUGGCUCGUGCACGGAGACAACUCUCUGAAAGCAUCGUAAAUACUCCAUUACCACCUGUACCUAAUUUGGAUAAACGAUCUCAAAGUAUACAACAGAGUGAUAACUAUUAUGAGGAUGGACAUCUUUAUAACAAACCUAUAUACUCACUAGAAGACUCGUCGGAGCCGAGCGUGAUGUCUCACAGCGUGGGCGGCGACAACCGCGACUGUUCGAUGGUGGAGGAUGCCGCCAUGGUGAAGUCCGCGCCGCCUCUGCCCACCAGGCCCAAGUCGGGCGACCCGAGGAGCCCUACCAGACCACCUUUGGAGAAUUAUCGCGAGUCCAUAGACGGCGAAGUGGUGGAGACUCGUAGGCACAGUCGCGCUUCUUGGAGCGAGCCAGGCGACGCGCCCCCUCUACCCCCAAGGGUUUCAGGCGACAAGCGCUCUUGGACAGAGGCGCCCCCAGCGGUCCCUCGACGCGCCAACCGGCCGGCCGAGGCAGCUGAUGAACGCGAUUCCGGUGUAAGCGUGGACGCACACGCCUACACUAAUGCUGACGAUCAUCGCCAGCAUCAGAACGACCUCGACCUAGCAGUGGAGUCCCUCCGCUACGAGGAGAUAAUCUCAAUGAUGUCGGAGCCGCUUCGCGUGGAUGAAGGCGAGACGCCGCCGCCCAUCCCGCCCAAGGGGCUCGGCCACCUCAGCAGCUUCGACUCGGGACACCACGAGAACGGCGAGUCGCACUGUUAACGCCAAAGCUUAGGUAACACCACUAUUAUUAUGCUUCAUGAUUGACGUGUCUCCUUCCAAUAGGGAUGUUUCCUGGGUAAAAAAGUUAGUCCGUCGGUUAACUUAUCAAAAAAUACUCUACAUGUAAUUUUCACUUUUUCAAACUAAUGAAAAUUAAAAGAGAUACAGCGCGUCAAAGUUCUAAAGAAGCGACCCGUGAUGUCAAGGUGUGCUUAAAAAUGUAGCACUUUGUGAUGUCACGCGGUAAUUCAACGCACCAUAACUUAGUAAUUACCUUGUUUGAUUUGCAAAUAAAAAUAUACGUGUCCAAUAUUUUUUGGUAAUGUAACCGACGAACUAAAAGUUUUGUUUUUAGAAAACUAGCCUAUUAUUUAUGUAUGUAUUAUGUAUCAUACGCACUGACAAUAUUAUAGUGUUGCAACUCAAAAUGUGACUUUUUUGUGCAGCACAAAGCAAGUUUUUGACUGGAAUCUGGACAGGAAUUUGUAUAGGAUGGUAUAUGCCUGCCCUGUUAGUGUUUAUUAAACUGUCGACUUUCAGAAUCGACUCAUAUUUUGAGAUGCAACACUGUUGUAUUAUCAGUGCGAUUGUGCACAUUUUACUUUUUAUUCAAGUUAGUAAUUUAACACUUGACACAACAGUAAGAAUCGAAUAGAAAAGGACAAAAUCGCAUUUUACGAAACACUAGAACGAAAGCGACAGCUCAAAUUGAAUUAGUAACUCGAAUGUAACACUGACGAAUGUAUACCAUUUUAUGAGAUGAUUUAUUAAAGUAAGUUGAUUUUGCUUUAGUAAACGAUUGAUCACACUAGCUUGUGUUGUAAUAACAAGAAAAACACAGCAACUAGUUUCGUGUGAGUGUUAUCAUUAGUAGUAAAAAAACUAGGGUUUAGUGUUUAUUUUUCUCGAUACUAAUGGAAAGACCAAACUAAAUAUUUAAAUGAAAUAAUAUUAUGUUUAAACGAGUUUUUUGUAUGUAUUUUUAAUUAAAAUCAAACCAUUAUUUUCAUUAAAUCCAGAUAAAAAACUAGUAGCUCAAAGGUUUAUUUUUCACUCAAAAAAUGAUUAUUAUUAUUGCGUAUAUUGCAUUUUUUAGAUUGAAUGUUGCGCUGCGGCUUAUUGCUAAGAUUUAUAUUCUAUUUUAUUCAACAAUUAUUUUAAUAUUAUAAGAUUAAACUUAGCUAAGCAUAUCAUUCCAAAAGUGGAUAAUAAUAUUAUAUUUAUAUAGAUAUGUUUGCAUUUAUUUUUUAUGCAUCCGCGUCAUAGUACACGUGAUUUACUAUUUGUAGUUUAAUUAUUAUCUUUUUGUUUACACCAAAUAAAUACAUUUGAAAAUAAAAUAGUAAAUUAAAUGAGCAGUAAAUUCCUGCAAUCUUGAUUUUAUACCGAUCCACAUUUCUUGUUAAAUAUUUUUUUUUAUCUAUUUCAAAUCCAUAGAAUAUGGAUCAUUUUAUAAUUGUGAUAAAUAUGCUUUUAUAAUUCCUAAAAAAAGUAUUAACUUUGUCAUAAGUAAGUCAUUUUCAUUUAUAUUUUUAAAUUGGCUUUAUGUUAAAACGUUUUAUAG